GGGCGUAGUGUGAGUAGGCACACGGGUUUUCGUGCCCUGUGGGUGGAGCCACAGUCUCACGGAACUUUGAACGCUUGGUUCUCAAUAUUCAUAAGCCUUCCUGACUACAGUAGAAGAAGUGAACGCAACUAGGUUUCCUAACUCCGUUGCCUCGCUGCUAAAGACAAACUUCCUUUGGGUUUGUACUACGAGUAACUGUUAGUUAAACAACAAUCAUCAAAUCGACUUGUUUGUUGUUUCACUUUCAGAAGGAAACAUCUGACAACACAAAUUGACCAUGUCGGACUCUGUGGACGCCAGACAAGUGAAUGCCAAAGAGGAUACGUAUCUCACAGAUGCCGGAGUCGAUCAGACGGAUGCCAAACCACAUUCAGAUGUUUUUCAGUACAACAUGAACUACCCCAGUCUGGGUCAAUGUGUCAUCAUCAACAACAAGAAUUUCCAUAGAAAAACAGGAAUGGGAGUUCGUAAUGGGACAGACCAGGAUGCAAAGAAUGUGAUGGAGACCUUCUCAAAUCUGGGCUUCACAAUGAAAAUGAGCAAUGAUCAGACUGUCUCACAGAUGAGAGAUCUGUUAACUGAAGUGUCUCGGGAAGAUCACAGUCAUUCGGCCAUGUUUGUGUGUGUGUUGCUGAGUCAUGGAGAUGAUGGUAAGAUAUUUGGCACAGAUGACUUUAUCGAGCUGAAGCAACUGUUUACGCUCUUCAGAGGAGACCGCUGCAAAUCACUGGUGGGGAAACCCAAGCUUUUCUUCAUUCAGGCUUGCAGAGGCUCAGAUCUAGAUGCUGGCAUUGAGGCCGACAGCGUAAGUGAAGAGGAAACACAGAAGAUUCCUGUUGAGGCAGAUUUUUUGUAUGCCUACUCCACUGCACCAGGUUAUUACUCCUGGAGGAACGUUGCUAAUGGUUCCUGGUUCAUCUCCUCGCUGUGUGAGAUGCUGUCAAAAUAUGGCAAGCGACUGGAGAUCACGCAGAUCAUGACACGUGUUAACCACAAGGUGGCGCUGGACUUUGAAUCCUCCUCCAAUCUGCCAGGGUUUGAUGGCAUGAAACAGAUACCAUGUAUUGUGUCUAUGCUGACCAAAGAACUCUAUUUCUCUAAAUAAUUCAUGUGUAUUUUACUGAUUACGUUGCAGUGGAUGCAAACACUUUUAAAUCAUUUUUAAUAAUAUUAUGCAGCCAUUUAAAGCACUGCAGACUGCAGUAGGGAUAUACAGGGAAUUUUAAGAGAAACACUGGAUUUCAAUACACUAUUAUCUGAGUUUUUGAAAUGAUCUGUAUCUUUUUCAUCCUGGUGUGUGGCAUGUUUACAGUGCUGGAUUUGACACAGACAGCUCCUUUAGGAUCUUUAUGCACAUUUAGGCUGUCAGUCAUCAUUUGUGCCUUGCUUGCUUUGACUUGUACGUGCAGAUGUCUGUGAGUCUGAAAGUUCGCAAUUCUCAGGUUUAUCAUCAGCAUGCAUUAAAGAUUCUUUGACAAGAGGAAGUUCUGAACAUAAACACUAUUUGUAUUAUGAUAAAUAAACAUUUUACUUUGGUA